UCUAUAUGCACGCCGUUUUUGUGACGGACAGUCGUGUGGAGCGUUCACUGGUACACGUAUGCGUUUUGACUGAAAAAAAACGCGCCGAGAAUUAUAAAAAGUCCCUAAGGAACCCAAUGCGAUGCAAUAGUGCUACAAUCCGUGAGGAGGCUGGAAGUUUAAAAUGGCAAAACGGCGAAAUCUCGACGUGUACCUGCAGCAGGUGUCGGAGCAGUUUAUAACGAUAAAGUACGACGACUUCAAACGGUCACAAGAAGUCUUCAAAUGUGUGUUCGACCAAAUCAAAAAGAACAUGGAGAAGCAAUGCAAUUACUUCAAAAAAUACGCCAGCCAAGUGACGUACGGCGGGAGCGUGUCGGACGGCAUCAAAGUGGGCCGCCUGGACGAGUUCGACAUGGACAUCGUGAUACGGCUGCCGGUCAGCUACGGCGACGGCGAUGACGGGAUCAUCGUCGAGCCCGACAGACCGGGCUUCGUGCGCCUCAAGAUACACGGCUUCGACCAUCUGGAUAAGCAGAAGGACUGGGAGAGCUCUCACAAGGUGACUCGUGAUUGGCGCGACACCAACAAGUACCUGCUGCAGAACAAGUUCCGGUUCUGGCUGAACAGCGUCGUACAGAAGGCCCUUAACGACAUGGACUACAAAGCCACUGUAGGCGGCAAGACCUACAUUUUAAAGUACAAGUCGUCGGGUCCAGCAUACACGUUGCUCGUCCGCAACAGCCCCGGGGAAGAAGCCUUUGUGCUGGACAUCGACCUGGUGCCCGUCAUCCGGUUUAUUCUGCCGCGCUGGCCGCCCGGGUACAGAAAGCCCCGCGGUCACCGCUGCACGGAAUGGUUCGUGGUGCCGAAGCCGAACAAGGCCGAGUCCAACGCCGAGCUGCAGAACCGCGCCUGGAGGCUCUCCUUCCAAGACUUCGAGAGGGAGAUGAUUAAAGACUGCAAGAACCUCAAGUUUACUAUACGACUUUUGAAAAAACUCCGCGACGCCCAGGGCAUGAAGCCCAUCGCGAGCUACUACAUCAAAACCCUCUUUCUCUGGAAGAUAGAAGAGACCAACAACAAGCGCUACUGGGAGACCAAACUGAGCGUGCUAUUCCGAGACAUGGUGCAAAAACUACACGACGCAAUCCAAAACAAAAACAUCCCGUACUUCUGGGACCAGAGAAACAAUCUCAUUGAGAACCUAAAGCCUUCCCUCCAAGCGAUGUACGUGGAGAAACUGAGCACCGUACUUGAAAGUAUAGACAACAAUGACGCUGAGAAGACUGCGUUCUAUCUCCUGACUCCUCAGGAGCAGACAUUCUUCAGAACCACUCCGUUCUAUCGGAGCGUCAACGGCGUAGACUCGAAGGCCCCGGUAAGAACCGCAAAGGCCCCCACUCCCCCUCGCCUGGCGCGAGACGACGCCAGCGGCCUGCUGCAGCAGCUGAGGAUCUCCUUGGAGAGAGCGGAGUCCCUGUCCGCUCAGGUCGAGGAGAAGGAUAAGAGGAUAGCGAUGCUAGAGAGGGAAAGAAAGUUGAACCAGGUCAAGCCCGAGCCGGCUAAGGCCUCGAGCUGCUCCGUGCAGUAGACCUAAACUAAGUUUUGGCCGCACUUGCAGUUAUUUAACGAUUACUUAUCUUUAACUCAAUAAUAUACAGAGGUAUACUACUAUUAUAUUAGGUAUACGUGGCUACUGGGUGUAGAGUAUAGAUUUUUAAAAUUAAUAUAACAUAAUAUUAUACCAACGUAAUACAUGUUACCGCGUAAGAAUUUAGAAUACGUUAACGUGCACAUUACCUAGGUAAUCUGCAGAUUCCCUG